CACAGCGGCAGCCAUCAAGAACGGGCCAUGCCGACUGACACGAACAAGGCAGACUGCCGCUUGGCGACGUACGGCACGUUGGCACCCGGCCGGCCCAACGCGCAUCAGCUGGAGGGCCUGCACGGCACCUGGAGCAGCGGCACCGUUCGCGGCCAUCUCGUCGAGCGUGGCUGGGGCGCGCCGCUGGGCUAUCCGGCGAUGAUCCCGGACGCCGAGAAGGGUGCGCAGAUCGCCGUCAGCCUGUUCGAGUCGCACGAGCUGCCGGCGCACUGGGCGCGCCUCGACGCCUUUGAGGGCAGCGGCUACGCUCGAGUGGCCGUGCCCGUGAUGACGGCGGCGGGACCGACGCGCGCCUUCAUCUACAUCGACAAGGCAGAAUAAGAAUCGAAAUGCAUGUCGCGGCGAGGCCGCCCUUUGGCACGGAAGAUGCGCACCUAUGCUUGGCGCAUGCUGCUCGGUCAAGUGAGGCAGCCGUAGCAUGUAGCCCGCUGCGCAGGAAGACAGGGGCUCGAGCGGGCCUUGCUUUGCUGCGGCGCAGAGGCAGCGGCGCGGCGCGCGGCGGCGGGCGCGACGCGUGAUGAGCUCGCACGCCGCGCUUGCUCCGUCUGAGCGCUGCGCUUCUUGCUGCUUGCCUCCUCUCCACAUCCAUCCAUCCGCGC